AUGUUCCGCUCCACACGCCUGGCUGCCGUGGCCUCAGUCUUUUUCAUGCCAACGAUCAGCUACCUCGGUAUUGGGGCGCUCGACGAGGCCACGGCCAAGUUGCGGAAGCUUGGCUUUAAGAAGCCCUUACUGGUGUGCGACGCUGGCGUCGAAAAGGCGGGGAUUCUUGGCACUGUUAUGGAGUCACUUGAGAAAAAGUGUCAAAUGAAACCUGUCGUCUUCAAGGAUGUGCACCCGAAUCCGACCUCCCACAACGUGGAGGUCGGUUUGGGCAUGUUGAACAGUAACGCGUGCGAUUCUGUCGUUUCUGUCGGUGGUGGAUCACCGCAGGACUGUGCAAAGGGAAUUGCGCUUGUGAAAGCCAAUGGUGGGACCAUUUUUGACUACGAGGGUCUUGAUAAGGCAGAGAAGCAGCAGUUCCCACUUGUCGCCAUCAAUACAACAUCUGGCACAGCCAGCGAAAUGACACGCUUUGCGGUCAUCACGGAUGAAAAGCGGCACGUAAAGAUGGCGGUCGUGACCGAGAAAAUAACGCCUCUUAUUGCUAUCAAUGAUGCUCGAUUGAUGGUCGGACAGCCGCCUGCUCUCACGGCUGCCACAGGCAUGGAUGCUCUCACGCAUGCGGUUGAAGCCUAUGUGUCACUGGCCGCAAGCCCCACUACGGAUGCUUGCGCGCUGCAGGCCAUGAGGCUUAUCAAGCAGCACCUCGCUAAUGCAGUGAGGGAUGGCAGUGACCUUGUGGCGCGGGAGGGUAUGUGCUACGCCGAAUACAUCGCAGGAAUGGCCUUCAACAGCGCCAGUCUCGGCUACGUGCACGCUAUGGCGCACCAGCUUGGUGGCUUUUACGACCUCCCUCACGGUGUUUGUAAUGCAAUCCUACUCCCACACGUGCAGAAGUACAACGCUGCCGUCUGUGCACACCGUCUACGUGAUGUUGCGGGCCAAUUGGGCGUCGUCACAACAGGCAUGAAUGAUGAUGAGGCUGCGGCUGCUGCUAUUAAUGCGAUUCGUCGUUUAUCAAAGGAGGUGAACAUUCCACGGGGCUUUAAGGAGCUUGGCAUGCGUGAAGAAGAUAUUCCUGCAUUGGCCGACGCAGCCUUGAAGGAUAUUUGCUCCUUUACCAACCCGCGGCAGGGCAGCAAAGAAGAUGUGAUGAAUAUCUACCGUGAAUCAAUGUAG